AUGCCAAUUACAUCCAAACUAUCAUCAAAGCUGAAAACGAGCAAACGUCUGUUAACAGGAUAUUUGAGGAGGCACAUACCAAAUGAGUCUGUUUUUUCAGAUUUGUGUGCAUUCGGAGAACGUGUGGCCAAUGAAGUUGAUGGUUGGGGCAGAGAGUGUGAAGUUUCUCCUCCUCGACUCGUCCAGUAUGACUCUUGGGGAAACAGAGUUGAUUGUAUCGACACAAGUGCUGCUUGGAAACGAAUGAAAGAUUUAUCUGCUCAAGAAGGGCUUGUUUCCAUUGGCUAUGAGAGACCCUUUGGGGAGUGGAGUCGUGUUUAUCAAAUGAGCAAGUUGUUCCUCUUCUCGCCUUCCUCUGGGCUCUACACUUGCCCUCUGGCUAUGACUGAUGGAGCAGCAAAAGUUAUUGCGUCCAUAGGUAUUUCUUGGCCAGUGAAAGAAGCCUUUAACCGACUGACCACUCGUAAAUCUGACUAUUUUUGGACAUCUGGUCAGUGGAUGACUGAGAGACAAGGAGGAUCUGAUGUAGCAAAUGGAACAGAAACCGUGGCUGUUCCUCAAACGGAUGGUUCAUUCAAGCUUUACGGUUAUAAGUGGUUCACAUCAGCAACAGAUGCAGACAUGACUCUCACUCUGGCAAGAGUACAGGACUCCAGAGGAUCUAUAACACCGGGUAGUCGAGGAUUGUCUUUGUUUUAUGCUGAAGUGAGCCGUGAUCAAAGUGGUCAGUUAAAGGGCAUAGAGGUGCAGAAACUGAAGGACAAACUGGGGACCAGACAAAUGCCUACUGCAGAGCUACUGCUGGAUGGUUUGACCGCUCAUAUGAUUUCUUCAGAAGGAAGGGGCGUGGCUUCCAUCGCAAACAUGCUUACAGUAACAAGGAUACACAACAGUGUAUCUGCCGCAGCAGCAAUGAGAAGGGUGGUUCAGCUUUCCCGUGACUAUGCAACCCGCCGCAAAGCUUUUGGGAAACUUCUUAAAGACCACCCACUACACAUGCAGACUCUUUCCAGGAUGGAGAUUGAGACUCGAGGGGCAUUUCUCUUGGUGAUGGACAUUUGUCGUCUUUUGGGUCGAGAGGAAAUGGGUACAGCAACAGAACUUGAUUCACAUCUCUUGCGUCUUCUCACACCAGUGGUCAAAUUGUACACUGGUAAGCAGGCGGUGGCUGUGGUGUCCGAGGGGUUAGAAAGUUUUGGUGGUCAGGGCUACAUUGAAGACACUGGGUUGCCUGGACUUUUUCGAGAUUCGCAGGUCUUGAGUAUUUGGGAAGGUACAACAAAUGUCCUGUCAUUGGACGUUCUCCGCUGUGUGUCAAGAAGCUCAGGCAUGGUUCUUCAUGCAUAUUUUAGCCACACCAAGAUCCUUCUUGAAGGUGCAUCUGGAGUUUCAAUAUUGACUCCAGCAGUAAACUCAAUGCAGAUCGCUCUCUCUAAACUGGAGUUAUUGGUACAGGAUGCUGCCACUAAGGAUCCAAACUAUUUAGAACUGGCAGCGAGAGAUCUAGCAUAUAGUUUGGCUCGUAUCUAUGCAGGUGCGCUUCUUAUUGAUCAUGCAUCUUGGAAAGGUGCCUCUCCAGCUGAUGCCUAUGCAGCUUUAAGGUGGUGUGAGCAAGAUUUGUGUCCUGUGGCAACUAACCAUGAGAGAGGCUGGUACAACCCUGGCUCUCCCAGUGAUAAUGCAGCCUUUAGUUUGGCCUGUGAACGCAGCACCGCCAGUAAACAGGAGCAGGCGGAGUUUGCCUAG